UUUUUUCAGGAUGAAAUUCUUAGUUUGGUUUCCAUGAAAGGGAACUGGCUGACUGUUCAGCGUCUGUUGGACACCUUGAAGAAAAGACAAGGUUGGGUGCCCCAGCUCAUUAAUGCACUUGAGAAGGAAAAGUCUGAGCUGGCAGAUGAUCUUAGAAGAACAUAUGAACAAUUUCAAAAUCCCUCCUCUUCUCCAAGAUGUUCAUCACAUGUCCAACCAAGUCUGAAUUCUGUUUCUUCUAACAGUUCACAUCAUCUUGUUCCUUCUGCUCAUCCUCCUUAUGCUGCACCCCCUCCUUCAGUUGCUGCAUCCUAUCCUGUAUCACAUCUCCCUCCCAGUGCUUUACAAUCCUCAGAACUUCAGCCUAGCCCUCCACCCAGCUACAUUUCUCUGCAGUGUAUGCCCUCAGCCUCCAGGCAUCCCCAAGACAACAUGCCCAUUAAUCCUGUAUGCCUGGACUCCCCAAGGCUGCCUCAGAAUAAUGAAUCUAAUUCACAGCUUCUGCCAUCUGCUUCAGUACUAACAGAGAAUCCCACUGUAAUUGUACCUUCUCAGUCAGAUAUACCAUCUGCUUCAGUUCCAACAGAGAAUCCCACCACAACUGUCGGACCUUCUCAGUCACAUGUACCAUCUGCUUCAGUUCCAACAGAGAAUCCCACUACAACUCUAAUACCUUCUCAGUCACAUGUACCAUCUGCUUCAGUUCCAACAGAGAAUCCCACUACAACUCUAAUACCUUCUCAGUCACAUGUACCAUCUGCUUCAGUUCCAACAGAGAAUCCCACCACCACUCUAGCACCUUCCCAGUCAUGUCAUAGUAAUUUGAUUGGAAGUAGCACUACAUCACCAAACUUGCCUGUUAGUUCUCUUUCUGUGGCUUUUUCUCCAGCUGUACUGAAAGUCAAUAACAGUAGCACACAGACAUCUUUUACAGCUGCUGCAGCUCAUGUUCCAGAUACAGUUCUACAUGCAUCUGAGCCAUCCUCAAGAUUUUCAUCUGUUUUUCAACAAGCUUCCAUGUCUGAAGGAUCAUCCCAUGUAGAAAAUGGUGGCAUGAAUUCAUACUUGAAGGCACCUGUGCAAGAGACUGUUACUUCAAAUCCUGAGCCUACUUUUUCUAAAGAAAGAAAGGACACUAGAGCAGAAGGAAUGAAUUUAUACGAGAAGGCACCUAUCCAGGAGAAUGUUAUUUCAAAUCCUGACCAUAGUUUUCCAGUUGAAAGAAGAAAUACUGGAGCAAAAACAAAGCAAGAGAAUACUGAUACACAGCUUCAUGCAGUCCAACAAAAUCAGGGACCUUCUGGACAAGGAGGGCAAGAACCAGUGCGUAAAAAGCAAACAGUGGCAAAUCCCUUUCAAACCGCAGCAGUAAAUCCUUCAUCCAGUGAGCAGUCUAGAGAAAUACCAGAUUCUACUCAAGCAAAUAACAUACCCUAUGAAGAUUUUAGCAAACCAGGAAUAUUAAUGUCAACUCCAAGUGAAAUUGCUACUGUGAGUCACUGUGAUGUUGAUCAGACAAGGGAAGGCUACUCAGGAAAUUCUGACAACCUGCAAAUAAGUUCAAGCCAGAGUGAAUCUGACAUAGAAAGAGACCUUGAGGUUGACCCACUACAGAUCAGCACCUCCAGCAAUGAUGGUACAACUUGUCGAGUACCAGAAGAAGAUGACUACAUGUGUGCUGAACAAGUUUCUAAGCCAGCUGUCCAAGGUGUAAAUAAUACAACUGAAUUGGUUGAAGAAUCUUUGGCAUUAUGGGGUAAUGGCAACACGGGUGUAUUAAAUAACUUGGGUAAUAUAAGUAAUCCACUUCUUUUACAACAGCAGGUUGAUGCAUCAGAAAAUGUCACACAGCUGGGUAACGUAAAUAGAUCAGGAAGCCACAGACAGCUGGAUAUAGACCACCAUCACUACAGUAACACAGGGGAUUAUAGAGCUCAGCUUCCUGUUUCAGGAAACAGUAGUAGUAGAGAUUCUGUUUUUGGGUCUAAGUUGACGCAAAGCAAUAAUCCACAUCAGAUGCCAGCAGAGUACUCUGAUGUAGAAACAUAUUCAAUUCAUUUUGCACAGCUUCCUGAUGUUUCCCUGCAGGCAGGCAAUGAGAGGUUAAACAGUACAGAUACAGACAGUUAUUUAGAUAGAAGCAGUUUCCCUAGGGAAGCUGCCCCAUCUGAGUCAGGAAAUUGUUUAUACCCCAAAGAUCAUGCAUCCUCACUGUCUUCAGAAACUUCUUGUCGGCCAGAAGAUGACACUGAAAGCAGAAGCAAAGCAGAACCACUACCCAUUAACAUACGUGUUUUCAGUGUCAUUGCAGUAGUUGCAGUAUCGGCUUUCUUAGUGUGGAGAUAUAUACGUAAAUAGGAAGCAAGGGCUUAAAACUUAAAAACAGAUAUUUUACUUGUACACAUCUUACUGCUGGUGUUUAAGCAUGUGCUUUAUGCCGGUUUGUUGAAAAACAUUGUAGAAUCCAGAGAUACUUAAAUAUAUGUUGUGUCAUCCAGAAAUGCAAAUAUGUAUUUUACUUGAUUCAUUUUAUUUUACAGAAUGGUACUAUCUAGUGUGACAUGGCAGGUAUUUUCUUAGCUUUGGUAGGGGUUUUGGCAGGCUACAAGCUUAUUAAAUAUGCAGGCAUUAGAGCAAUUAUGUCAUUCAUUUGUUUUUCUUCAUAUUGGUCCUAACUCUAAAAAAAAUAACUUAGUACAAUCUUUAAUUCAUGAAUUCACUUUUAUAGCAAGAUGAACUACUGAAUCAGAGCAGAAUUUAGAUAACCAAACCAAAGUGCACAGCAAAACAUUUUGUGACUGGAUGUAGUAGAACAGCAGUGCUUCUCUUAGUGCAGAGAAGGUUGCAGACAACUGUAAGCAUAGUUGAGAUAGCCAUUCAAACCUUCUAUAUUAACAGUUGUAUUUCGUAUUUCACAAUGUGUUUCAGUAGGUGAUGUGGGAACUAUAACUGCCCAUAGAUAUGUGUGUGUGCAUGUGUGAUGCAGAAGAAAAGCCCGGCAAUUUACUUACAUUCCCUACUUGCAGAGUAAAUUGUGUGGAUGGCGUCAGCUGCUCAUGGGCUUACUGCAGGAAUAGGAUGUAACUUGACAGCAUUGAGUGGAUGAUGGAGCUAAGUCAUAGACUAAGUCAUAGGACAAGACGGCAUAUGUUUCCAGGUUUUCCCUUGAUUAUGUCAUGCCACCAAAGGUCUGAUGAUUUAUAUCCACAUUCUCUAUUUUUCAGAGUCCAGUAUGCACAAUGAAAAAUCUUUUGAUUGCAUGGAAUAGUGCCUUGUGGGAAAAAUUCUCAGAUGUGUCCGGGUUAAUAAUGUUGCCUGAUUUCUAUCUUGCUGUUGUUGCUGCAAAACUGAAAACUGUUUGUCAGUACUUCUGAAUAGAGGGAAAGGGCUUUAAGGCACCCUGCGUAAGGCAGGUUUGUUACGGCUUGUAUAGUUUUUGUAAGGAACCUCUGACAUUGCUCUAGGUGCUGCAUAUGUCUGGUCAGAUACAUACCAAAGGAAGUAUUGUACUCUAUGAUUUCUCUGAUAAAGGCAGUGUACAGUGGGAUAAUGACCUCUUUGGACCUUGGGAUAAUGACCUCUUUUGACCUAGAUGCCACGCUGGUACUUAUAAGUUGCACAGCAUAAAAGGAUUUCCUCACCACUGUGGUCAUAUGGUGGUUGAAGGUAAGGCUAUUGUCUAUGUGUGUACCUAGAACCCUGGCCACUAAGUUGACUCUUACAGAUGUAGUAUCAACAUGGUACUUAGCAGGGAAGGUUGCUUUCCCAAAGACUACAGUUAUGCAUUAUAUAUAUUACAUGGGUAAAAGGUGCUGAUUUAGUGUCUACCCGUAACCAACACUCUUGGGAACCAGGGUUAACUUGGCUAGGCUUGUAAGGGCCCUUGGGCCAUUAGCCUAGCAACCUCCUAUGAUCCUAUGUAUCUGUCAGGUUAUAUUUCCUGUAUACUUAUCUGAAUUUACUCCACCAAUCUUUGAUUGAAGCAACUUGUAAUGUAUUUCUAAUAACAAUAUAUAUAUAAACCAAUGGUACAUUUGUAUGAGUAAAGCUUAUUCCUGCAAUUGGUGCAAUUUUUGGUAAAGGCCUUUUAUUAGUCAAGUCUCCAAAAAGAAAAGAAAAAAAAGCUGAUCUGAUGUAGUCCAUUUUGUGGACAAAAGUAUUUACCAUGGCUGAAUAAAACUGAGUCUUUUCGGUGACAAAAUCGACCUGAUUUUUAUUUU